AUGCAGGCAUUUGUCCCCAAGAAUAGACGACCCAGGUUCGAGCUCGUUCUAAGGAUCAUCGAUAUCAAUAAUGUCCCCUUGGGCAACAGCGUCGCUUUUGUGCGAUGGCGAUUGCCAUCGUCAAGCUCCGCUGAACACCAAGGCCACACAGAAAAAGCAAGACUAUCAGAUCACCGCGCUUACUGGGGUUAUGAGAAAACCCUUCAAGUGAGACUUACAAUUGAUAGAACAUCAAUGCUUCAGGAGUGUGAACUCAAUUUUGAGGUCUUACAAGAGUACACCUCGUCACCCAUAUCCGAAAAGUGCGUGCUGGGCAAAAUCAAACUAAAUCUCGCCGAAUACGUGGACAAAACCGACGAAGACGAAGGGAUAAUUCGGCGGUACCUAAUGCAUGAAAGCAAAGUGAACAGUACUGUCAAGAUUGGGAUCGCGAUGCGCCAGCUAGAAGGAGACCGCAACUUCACGACACCACAAUUGAAAUCUGCUACCGUCUUCGGAGGAAUUGCAGGAGUUGUUCAAUCUAGCGAACAGCCCGUCAAUGCCGAUGAAUUUGGCCACCUUCCAUCUAUUGACACCAAGAGCCGUGAGAUUGCAGAUAUGCAAGACAUGUAUCGGCGCACUUUAGCAGCGUCGUGGUCUUCUAGAGCCUGCGAUUUGCCUGCUGAUAAGUUGAUUGAAGAGUUGUUUGCUGGAAGCGCUUGCUGGAACAACGAUGAACACAAUGCCAAUGCUGGCAUCUCAGCGGGCGAUCACCGAGAUUCCCUAUUGGGCCAAGAGACAGUCCAACGACAAAGCCGUUCCGGGAAAAAGCUGUCACCCAGUUUCGAACGGCGCCGCAAGAGUUCUUCCAGCAAUCGCUCGCACAGUAGCAGUAAGGCCCCGGACUCCCUUGCUGGACUGGGACAUCAGAAGAAGAGUGGAAGUAUCCAGCAACAGUUGUAUGAAGGGGUCAAGGAUCGGGCAUGGAAGGUGCCAGAUACGAAUAAUGAACUUUCCGAGUUCGAUAGUAACUGGAGCCGCGAUCAUGAACGGGAAGCUUUCGAUGGACCCAAUUCCGAACGAAACCGCGAACUGAAGGAUAACGGAAAACGUGAAGCAGGCAAAAUCACAUUGGAUGUAGACACGCUUGGAAAGCCUGGACAAAUCGUUGUUGUACCUUCACGUCGCCGCCGAACGUUAAAUCGCAAUCGCAACAGAACCCCCGAAAAUAAAUCUGGUGGCACAAUCAGCUCGAUAUUGGAUGAACUUGAUGAGGAGAGCUCAGCCCCUAGCGAUAAGUCGGUCCAGCAAAGAAUUGAUGAGGUCCGUGGAUCAUAUCAACUGGGACAGACCUUGCCUGCUACCGAUCUGAAAGCGCUGUGGUCAAAACUGGCUUCCUCUUUCACAUAUAAGCAAUUGUCGGAGUACAUUUUGGAGUACAGCCGCAAUUCUGUGGUAGAAGACAAAGGUUGGACGUGGGGGUCAAACAACUCCAAAUCGCAGGACAAAUCAUUGGGAAAGACCAAGGGCUUCAGGGGAAAAUCCCGGGCUGCAGAGACGAUCGUUCGGGAUUGUUGGCAACUAGUAGCUGAAGGCGAGCAUGGACAGUUGGAAUUCCGCAUUCCUGCUCAGUCCAUAUCCUUGCUUCUCCAUGCCGAGCAUUUCUCUUUCCACGAGCUAGCUAGCCUCCAUAGCUGCGGUAUCGAUGUCACGCAAUCUGCGGGUCUAGUAUCACUUACUGGCAAGCGAAAUGAUUGUGAGUCUGUUCAUGAGAUUAUCAUUGAUGCCACUGGCAGAAUCCGCGAGGAUGAUGUUGGAAUCAACCCGUAUAUCCACGGAGAUGGAACCAGUCAGGUUUUUAGCCCAGACUUUUUGGAAUGGGUCAGCAACACACAUGGGGUAUUUGUGGAACACAAAGCACACAGACCACCACAAAAGAUUCUCUAUCUUGCUGAGAAUAAGUUGGGUGCUGAUAAUGCGCGGAGGACCUUGAACUUGGCCUUAUCCAACACCACCUCUCCAUCAACUCCAUUUUCAACCUAUUUACCAGCUUCAGAACUCGCCAGUGCUUACAGUUACAAACCAGAAGCUCAUGCUUCGUGGUUUGAGAAGCAAAAGUCAUGGUUCCGGUGGGCUAUGUCUUCCAGUCAAAAUGCGGAGGCAGAAAAUCUUGAAACUCCUUUCUUCGAUAAGCAUCAAACACGACUCUCAGAUGAAUUAUUGAAGCUUCUGCGAGCUACCACUCCGAAAAUCGGUCCAGUCACUGGUCUGCAUGAAUCUGUGACAGCCGUGGCUGGGAAAUGUCUUUUUAUGCAAAAGCCUUCUCUUGAUGAUACAGCUAUCAGUCCGGCACAGUUGGGGAGAAUGUCUCUUCCACGGGCUUUCACAAAAGACAUACCUCGGGUGUCGCGCUUCAUCAACUCACUUAUGCCUAUCCGCCCAGAGAACGAGGCACCACUAUAUCGGCUUCGGUUGUCUCCAACCUCCAAUGCAGGAUCCCCGCCGGAACUCGAAGUUGAGGUAGCUAUGAACUCAAACUUGGAUGGUGUGGACAUCCAUAGUGUAAAGGCUAUACUCGCUACAAAUAGCGUCGACUACCUACUUCCGGAAAAUGGUCUGGACCUACGUUUCACACGAACUGUUUCCCAAGACCUCUUGUAUAAGCCAUCUCCCCACUCAGAACUCCCGCAAACCUCCUUUGAAGACUUUUUGCCCGAAACUUCUUCCUCGCCACAGAUUCAAGCAAUGUUGGAAAGCCUCAAAACCUCCCUCGAGGGCUCAAUAGUCAGCAGUGGAGCCUCGCAAGGCCCUGUUCCACUUCCUAUAUUUUGCAACAUCGCCCUUCCCUGUGAUUUGGUUCAGCAGUCGACCUCACAAAAAUCCAAAACAUUGGAUGAACCAACGGCAGAGAACAGCGUCUCUGUCGAAUACAUGUUCCCUCCACUCACCGACAUUCGAGGUGCUGUUGUCCAAAAGUUCGACUUUGAUGGGCGGCCACUUGACUACCGGUAUUAUGAGAGUGGCUCUCUCCUUGCUACUCGGACAAAUGAGGUCUCUCUGGGUAUGGAGAUUCCUCAAAUUAAUUCGGCUGCAGAAGAUGACCAAUCGGAACAGCUUGACCAUGAGUUCCAUUCGUUCUACAACGCGGCGUGUGACAUGGCAUUCAAAAUCCACGGCAAUAGAUAUGUGGAUUAA